AUGGAAAAUGUUUCAGCUUCCUCACCGGUCAAUCCACACUUCUUCCGGCCUCUUCUUCCUGGAUUCCACACUCACCUCAAUAUUCCCAUGGCUUUCUUCUUAAGGCACAUACAGGGAACAACAAAUGAGGGCAAUGGGGUGGUGAAGCUGAGGUCUUUCGUUUCUGAUAUAACCUGGCAAGUGAAGAUGGACGGUCGGAGACUCACCCAAGGCUGGCAAAAGUUCGCCACCAGCCAUGAUCUCCGAGUCGGCGACAUAGUUGUUUUCAGACAUGAUGGAGACUUGUUGUUCCAUGUCACGUGUUUUGGACCAAGCUGCUAUUAUUCAGAUUCAGAGAGGAAUCAGAACACAGCAGAAGCAAAAUCUUCAUCAGACGACCCUCACUCUUGUUUUGUAGCAUGUGUCACCGAGUCCAAUCUACGCAAAGAUAUACUGGGUGAGAUCAUUUUAUUAAAUGAACAUGGGAUACCAUGGACAUUGAUCCUAAGUCACAAACCAGACGGUGAGGUUUACAUCAGAAGCGGCUGGAGAAGUUUCUGCAUCACAAAUCGACUAAGAGCCAACGAUUUCUUAACCCUUAAGCUUGUGCAAACCGGUACAACACCUGUUCUUCAGCUUUGUCCUUCCUCUACAGCGAGCCAAUACAGAUUCUUGACACUAACUCUCAAACCAUACAAUUUCAAGAAGUAUAAACUGUGUCUACCGAGGACCUUUGUGAAGACGAAUGGUAUCGAGAAAGCGAGGAAGAUAACUCUUGUGAAUCGAUACGGGAUCAAACGGACGACAAGUCUAAAACCCGAGGACGGAUAUGGAAGAAUGAGAUUGGGAAAAGAGUGGAGAGAGUUCUGUGAUGUUAAUGGAGUGAAUAUAGGUGAUUCCUUCGAGCUGGAACUCAUUAAGGAAGGAGAAGAUACAGGUAGUCAUCUACUUAAGUUCUGCUCCAAAGUCUCAAAAUAUCCCUGA